GCACAUGGUCGGCCAUUUUCUCAGCAUCGCCCCUUCCUGCUGGUAGGUGAUAGGCGCCUAGUGCAGGACGCAGCGCGGACUCCAGAUCUGGGAAGGCGCCGCAGGGCCGGAGCCAGCGGCAAACGGAUAUUGCGAAGAGGUGUGUUGAUGCAUUUAAAGGCAUAUUCUGAAGGCAAAGCUGUGAUUAUUUUUCUUAUGUUUUCACCUGGAAAGGAAGUCAGAAGAGAUGUAAGAGAAACUGUCAUUUAUUUCAGUUAUUAUUGCUGUUGUUGUUGAUGUCGUUGGGAUCCUCACACUGGUCCUUGUGCUUUGCGCCACCUGCGCUUAACCCACUAUGCUACGCCUGGCUCCCAACUUGAUAUAUUUUUAUUGAAGAAAUUUGCAUCAAUAAUCACCACAGAUAUAUCUUAUGACACAAAGGACUUUUUACCAAAGUCACCAAUAGAAGAUUCAUUUCAAAAUUGUGCUUUUGGUACAACAUGGAAGCAAUGACAUUGAUAGACUUGGAAGAAACAGUGAAGUGUGAUAGGAAGAAGAGAUUAUACUGUAAAGAUGUCCAAACUGGGAUAACUACUCAUAAUAAAAGUCUCAUUGCAAAGGGAGAUCAAGAAUAUAAACCAUCAGGAAAAUCUGUUGUUUUUCCAGAGAAACAUUAUAAAUAUAAUAAAUGUACUAAACUCUCUUACCAAAUUUUAGACCUCAUUUUACAGAGGAAUAUCCAGAUUAUAAAGGAGGAGCCUUAUGAACAGAAGGAAUAUGGUGAGUCUUCACCACUUACUCAACAUGGUAUAAUUAAUUCAGAGAAAAAUCCAUUUAUAUGUAAUACUUGUGGAAAGGUCUUUAAUGAGUGGUCAGAUCUAAAUAAACAUAACAUAAGUCAUGCCAGAGAGAAACCUUACAAGUGUAAAGAUUGUGGUAAAGCCUUCAACCAAAGUUCACAACUUACUCGACACAACAAAAUUCAUACUGGAGACAAACCUUAUAAAUGUAAAGAAUGUGGCAAAACUUUUAUCCAGUCUUCUAGCCUUACUGAACAUCAGAGAGUUCAUACGGGAGAGAAGCCUUUCAAAUGCAUAGUAUGUGGUAAAACUUUUAAUCAGUGUUCAAAACUUACUCGACAUCACAGGAUUCAUUCUGGAGACAAACCUUACAAAUGUGAUGAGUGUGGUAAAACCUUUAACCAAUCAUCAAUUCUUACUCAGCAUCUCAGAGUGCAUACUGGAGAGAAACCAUUUAAGUGUAAAGAUUGUGUUAAAGCCUUUAGCUCUAAAUCAAAACUUAAGGAACAUCAGAGGAUUCAUACUGGAGAAAAGCCUUAUAAAUGUGAAGAAUGUGGUAAAACCUUUAGCCGGACCUCAAACCUUACUGGACAUCAGAGGUUUCAUACUGGAGGAAAACCUUACAAGUGUAAGGUGUGUGGUAAAGCCUUUAGCAGAACCUCAAACCUUACUGAACAUCGGAGAAUCCAUACUGGAGAAAAACCUUACAAAUGUAAAGAUUGUGGGAAGGCCUUCAGCAGAACCUCAAACCUUUCUGAUCACCAGAGGGUUCAUACUGGAGAGACACCGUACAAGUGUAAAGAAUGUGGAAAGACCUUCAAACAAUCUUCAAAUCUUACUCGCCAUCUGUUGAUUCAUGCUGCAGGAAAACCUUACAAACUUCCGAAAACUGCUGAAACAUUUAAUCUGUGCUCCAGCCGUAGUCAAGAGAAUUCAUACUUGAGAGAGACCCUACCCAUAUAAAGAGUAUGGUAGAACAUUUAUGCAGUGUUCAAAACUUACUUGAUAACAAAUUAUAUUUCAGAAAAACUAAAAUAAAUGGAAUUUGACAAAAGUCUGUAAGUAGAUCACACUGUUUACUCAACAUAGAAUUCUAAAUUGUUAGAAAUCCUAUAAAUUUGUGGGAAAGACUUGUUUUUGCAAAGAAUACAAAGUUUAAAGAAAAGCGGAAAUUGGAAAGUUGUUUGUUAAAAAUCACAUCUAUGGUAGAGCAUAGGAGUUGCAUUCCUGAAGCCCCAGGAUCAGUUUUCACCACCACUGAAACCAAAACUUGGUGCUCUGCUCUCAUUUUCUAUUACCAAAAAAAAAAAAAAAAAAGCCAGCUUCUUUAUAAGAAAAUGCAUUAUAUUAAAGACUCCCCUCCCCACAUUGAAAAUACAAGUUUAAAAAUUUAUUACAGCAAUUGAGAAUAUAUUUGCACAUCACAUAUCUGACAAAGGGUUGAUAUUUAAAAUAAGUAAACAUUGUAACAACAACAAAAAAAAACCCUGAGCAAAAUAUAAACAAAUGGGCCUAGUAUCUAAAUAGGCAUUUCCAAAGAAAAGGCCCACAGACACUUGAAAAAUUGUCACUUAAUAGCAGACUGCAAAUUAAAAGCAUAGUGAGACUGAUACAGUUUGAGUGGGACUCUGGUAAAUAGCAUAAUGGUUAUGUGAAGAGAAUCUGAGACUCUGAAGUCCCAGCUUCAAUCCCCUGUCCCACCAUAAAGCCAGAGCUGAGCAGUGCUCUGGUCACACAAUUUGGGUGGCAGUUCAGGGUUUGUGAUUUCCAUGGACAAUGAAACAGAUUCCUUAGAAAAUAUGGAAAUAAUUUCAAUCCUGCAAUAUCAACCCUAGGCAUCCAUCAGGAUACAAAGAAAGACACCAAUUUGAAAGCACUAUUUACAACAGCUGAAGUAAGGAGUUGACAUGUGCAUAUUGAGGUCUGACUGGGGAAAAUGUAUAAUAUGCGCUUGUGUGAUAAUAUAGUGUUUUUUUUUUACAGAUUUUCGUGCCUGAGCUAAGGUCCCAAAUUCAAUCCCUAGCACCACCAUUAAGCUUUGGUAUGGAGAUGGGGGGAAGAAUUGUAGGAUGCUUAAUAUUUACUUACUGUGCCACUCAAGAAAAAAAAAAUGGCAAUGUGUCUUACAGAACUAAAUAGUUAGAGGUGUUGAUUAUACCCAGUACAAGAAAUAGGGAAAAACAACUGCUUGAUGGUUUCAUUCAUAUAUGGAUAAAUAACUAAAAUCAGUGAGCUUGCAAAAGGUAGUAAAAACCAAAGUGACUAUAUGCUGUGAAAACUGCUAUUUGUCAGAGGAAUUUGGGAAGGGAAUUGUAACGGUUGAAUACUGGAAGGGGUGUCUGGCUUCAUGGUACUGAAACUUUGGUGGUUGUGUUACUGGGUCAUAUACACAUGUAUAUUGAUAAAAACUAAUCCUAAAAUUUCAUUUGUGAACCAUUGUUAAAAAAAUAAAAUGAUAAAUGU